AUGUCGCGGGCGGAGCUGAAGAUAAAGUUUUUGGCCGACUCCAAAAAGGCCUGGGAGAGUCUGGAUGCGAUUGGUAGAACAUUCUUCUUCAACAAGACAGAUAUUUACUCAUAUGUGCAGGCUCACUGGGAGGAAGACGAGUUUUUCGGGUAUCAGUUCUUAAACGGAGCCAACCCAACAGUGGUGCACCAGUGCAGGAGAAUCCCAGACAACUUCCCCGUCACUGACAGCAUGGUGCAGGCCUCCAUGGAGGGCAGCUCUCUGUCCGCUGAGAUAAUGAAAGGAAACAUUUUCCUGUGUGAUUACGCACUGUUGGACGGCGUGCAGGCCAACACUAUUAACCUGCGGAAGCAGUAUGUGGGUGCACCUCUGUGCCUCCUCUACAAAAACAAAGAUGACAAGCUUAUCCCUAUUGCCAUACAGUGUAACCAGCAGGCAGGAGAACAGAACCCGAUCUUUGUGCCGGGCGACUCUAAGGAGGAUUGGCUCUUGGCCAAAGUUUACGUGCGUGCAGCUGACUUCCUCAUACACCAGAUGAUCGCUCACCUGCUGCGAACUCAUCUGCUGGCUGAGGUCUACACAUUGUCCACACUGCACAACCUGCCUACAGUGCACCCAGUUUACAAGCUGCUGAUUCCUCACACACAGUACACGCUGCACAUUAACACACUGGGCAGAGAGAGACUGAUGGCAAAGAAGGGACUUUUUAACCAGUACACUGGUGCGAGUCAAGAGGGAAUGGAGCUGCUGCUGAAGAAAGAUCUGGCUUCUCUGCGGUACAGCACCCUCUGUCUGCCAGAUGAUAUCGAGGCACGUGGCUUGAAGGACAUACCAAACUUCUACUACAGAGAUGACGGCCAAGCAGUCUGGGACAUACUAACCAAGUAUGUGGGAGGUGUGUUAAAGUUUUAUUACUCGUCAGACACUGAAGUGGCUCUGGACACAGAACUUCAGAAGUGGAUUGCAGACAUCUUCGUCCACGGUUUCCUGGGAAACGAAGACUCCAACAUUCCAAAAGCGCUCCAUUCGGUGGAUGACCUGGUCAAGUUCGUCACCAUGUUGAUGUUCACUAUGACGGCACAGCACUCUGCAUUGAACAAUGGGCAGUUCGAUUUCGGGGGCUGGUUGCCGAACAGUCCUGUCUCUCUGCAGUCUCCCCCUCCAAGGGUCAAAGGUCACGCUACUGCAAGCACUCUGUUGCAGACACUGCCGGAUGUAAAUGCGUCCGUGCGGGUUAUGGCUGCCACCUGGGUCCUGACCAGGAAACCAGAGGAGUUUGUAUCCCUGGGUAACCACUCGGAGCAGUACUUCACCGAGCCUGAUGUUGUGGCUCUGGCUACCGCCAUGAAAGAUGAGCUGAAGGAACUGAGUGAGAAAAUAAAGAAGAGGAAUGAGGGAAAGGAGCUGCCCUACUGCUACCUGGACCCGGCUGAGAUCGAGAACAGCAUCGCCAUCUGACCAACACCUGUCAAGAUGCUGGUUGUGAUUCCACAACGUUAGUGCCAAAUUUUGGGACAUAAUAAUUAAUUUAAAAAUUAAUGUCAAGAAAUGAGACUUUUUUGUCCUCCAUAGUUUUAACUGCCUAUUGAAAUAGAUUUUCCUACCUCAGUAAGCUUAUUUAUGUAUUUUUUAUUUAUGUAUUUAUUUAUUUUUAACCAAAUAUCACUGAGAAGUACAACCCCUCAUUGAGCUUAUGACGGGAUGUAAUAUUUCAUGCAAAACUGGCUGCCAUGCUCACUGUUAGAGUUAGACCUUCUAAUAUAAUUUUUUUGCAUCAGUAAAUUGCAUAAAUUUUCUAUAAAUAUUGCAAAAAAGAGUAACACUUUGCUUGAACCCUGCAACAUAACAUUGACAUAACCAUAUCAUAAACAUGUCAUGGCAGAUUAUGAGAUCGUGAGAUUGAGAUUGUGUUCAGAAAUGUGACAGUAUCAUGUUACCAUCACUUUUAACUGUCAUCACAGAUGUCAUAAUGUCAUAGCAGCUUAUGUGACGUUAUUUUUUGCUGAUAAAGACACCUGUCAUUGGAAUUACUGGUGAUGGUAGAAUGACACUGAUGUAUUA